AUGGAUGAGCUGUUCGAUGUGUUCAAUGGGGGCGCCGGCCCUAACGCCGAGAGCGAGGAGGAGCAGCUCCCCCACCGAAGCAAGGAGAGCAAGAAGAGAAAAGUCGACGAGGCCAUGAACGGCGACUGGCCCAAAAAGGCGGCCACCGACGGCGCGGAGGCCGACAUGGCUGACGCAACGACCGAAACAUCAAACGACGAAGAGUCCGAGGAGGACUCCGACACGCCCAGCCAGCAGGACAAGAAGCGACGGAAGAAGGAGGACGGGGCGGCUCCCGUGUUGACCGAUACUUUCCAGACUGCCGAGUCGCGAGAGGUCGCGGCCGCGGCGACCUUUGUCCCCCAGGACUCUUCCCUGGUGCUGUCACACAAUAUCCAGCACCAGGUCGCGCUACCGCCCGACCUGGACUACGAGUAUGUCCCUCUCUCCGAGCACAAGUCGCCCGCCGAGCCCGCGCGAACGUGGAAUUUCAAGCUCGAUCCCUUCCAGAGUCUUUCAGUUGCGUCGAUAGAGCGGGAGGAGAGUAUCUUGGUCUCGGCGCAUACCAGUGCUGGAAAAACUGUGGUUGCUGAGUAUGCUAUCGCGCAGUGUUUGAAGCGCAACCAGCGAGUCAUCUACACAAGUCCCAUCAAGGCCUUGAGUAACCAGAAAUACCGUGAUUUCGAAGCCAUUUUCGGUGACGUUGGUCUGAUGACCGGCGAUGUCACGAUUAACCCCACAGCUAGUUGCUUGGUUAUGACCACUGAGAUUUUGAGAUCCAUGCUUUACCGUGGUUCAGAGAUUAUGCGGGAAGUGGCGUGGGUGGUAUUCGACGAGAUCCAUUACAUGCGUGAUAAGAUCCGCGGCGUUGUCUGGGAGGAGACGAUUAUCAUGCUGCCCGACAAGGUGCGCUACGUCUUUCUGUCUGCCACCAUUCCAAAUGCUUUCCAGUUCGCCGAGUGGAUUGCCAAGAUCCAUCACCAAGCGUGUCACGUCGUUUAUACCGAUUUCCGACCCACACCCCUCCAAAACUACUUCUUCCCCUGUGGCGGAAAAGGAGCGAGAAUUGUGGUGGACGAAAAGGGCAAUUUCAACGAAGCCAACUUCAACAAGGUCAUGCAGGAAGUAGAAGAAAGAAAGGGAUCAGAGUCCAACGAUCCCAAAGCGAAGCUCAAGGGCAAGGGCAAGAACAAGAAGACCAAUAAGGGUGGCCGUGAUGACGGGAGCGACAUGAACAAGCUUAUCCGGAUGACGAUCAGGAAGAAGCACAACCCUGUCAUUGUCUUCAACUUCAGCAAGCGUGAAUGCGAGAAUAUGGCUAUGAGUAUCACUGGACUGUCCUUCAACGACGAUUCGGAGAAGGCCAUGGUUAAGAAGGUAUUCACCAGCGCCAUCGAGAGCUUGUCAGAGCAGGACCGUGACCUCCCUCAGAUUGGCAACCUCUUGCCUCUGUUAGAAAAAGGUAUCGGGGUCCAUCACUCGGGUCUUUUGCCAAUCCUGAAGGAGACCAUCGAGAUUUUGUUCCAAGAAUCUCUCAUCAAGGUUCUCUUCGCUACCGAAACCUUCUCUAUCGGUUUGAACAUGCCUGCCAAGACGGUCGUAUUUACGCAGCUCACCAAGUGGGAUGGUAUCAAGAACCGACCCCUCACCUCGUCCGAAUACAUUCAGAUGGCCGGUCGUGCUGGACGUCGUGGUCUGGAUGCUCGUGGUUUGGUUAUCAUGAUGGUUGACGACAAGCUUGAGCCCGAGACGGCCAAAGAGAUUGUCAUGGGACAGCAGGACAAGCUGAACUCUGCGUUCUACCUAGGCUACAACAUGAUUCUCAACCUUUUGAGAAUCGAAGCCAUCUCACCCGAGUUUAUGCUUGAGAGAUGUUUCUACCAGUUCCAAAAUGCUGCAAGCGUACCGGCACUAGAGAAGGAGCUGAUGUCGCUUCAACAGGAGCGUGACAGCCUGACCAUCCCGGACGAAGCCACAGUUAAGGACUACUAUCAGAUCCGGCAAUCUCUGAACACGUACACUGCCGAUAUGAGAGCCGUCAUUCAACACCCAACUCACUGCAUAUCCUACCUGCAACCCGGCCGCACGAUUCAGAUCUUUAACCCCAAGGAAUCACCCAACGGUGUCGCUGGUGGUUUGGAUUUCGGGUGGGGAGUAAUUGUGAACCAUGUUCCCCGACACGCACCAAAGAUGGGAGAACCAGAUUACCCUCCCCAGGAGUCGUACGUGAUUGACGUUUUGAUUGGGGUUUCAAAGUCAAGUUCCGAAAUCGUUCCCGGCCAGCCCAGCGGGGAUAUGGCCCCUGGAGUGUCACCCGCUGGAAGCGAAGAAGACCUGACAUACGAAGUUGUCCCCUGCCUGCUGACAUGUAUCAAGGCCAUUGGGCAGAUCCGCGUCUUCAUGCCAAAGGACGGUCUAGCGUCUCCUAAGAAUAAAGACCUGGCUACAAAGUCCCUUGAAGAGGUGAAGCGCCGUUUCCCUGAUGGCAUGCCGAUUCUCGAUCCACUGGAGAACAUGGAAAUCACCGACGAGUCGUUCAAGAAGCUGCUGCGGAAAAUCGAAGUCUUGGAGUCGAGGCUGCUCGCCAACCCGCUGCACCUGUCUCCUCUCCUUCCUUCUCUUUGGGACCAGUACAGCAACAAGGUCCAGCUGACAGAGAAGGUCAAGGACAAGAAGAAGUCGAUCGCCAAGGCCCACAGCAUCGCUCAAAUGGACGAGCUCAAGUCCCGCAAGCGUGUUCUCCGUCGCCUGGGAUUCAUCAACGACUCCGAAGUUGUUCAGCUGAAGGCUCGAGUCGCCUGCGAGAUCUCCUCCACCGAGGGGCACGAACUGCUUCUCUCCGAACUUCUCUUUGACAGAUUCUUCAACGAGCUGACGCCCGAGAUGUGCGCUGCCACGUUGAGUGUCUUCAUCUUCGAUGAGAAGGUUGAAAGCAGUGCUCUUAAGGAGACGCUACAGAAACCCUAUCGCGAGAUUCAGGCCAAGGCGCGCAUUGUCGCCAAGGUCAGCCAGGAAUGCAAGCUGGAUGUGAACGAGGACGACUAUGUGAAGAAGCUCAAGUGGGAGCUCAUGGACACAGUCUAUACUUGGGCACAAGGACGGCCUUUCUCCGAGAUCUGCAAAAUGACCAAUGUGUACGAAGGUUCGCUGAUCCGUCUCUUCCGCCGCCUGGAGGAGCUGCUGCGCCAGAUGGGUGAGGCCGCCAAGGUGAUGGGCAACGACGACCUCACCAAGAAGUUUGAGGAGAGUCUGUCCAAGAUUCGCAGGGACAUUGUCGCCGCGCAGAGUCUGUACCUCUAA